AUAAAUAAAAGAAAGAAAGAAAUGAUAGCAAUAUUAACAACAUUACUAACUUUUUAUGUAAGUCAAAAUAAUAUUAUAACAUUAUUAAUAGCUAUAGAAAUAUUAUUAUUAACAAUAACUGUUAAAAUAAUCUAUAUUGGUGGUGCUUAUGAUGAUAUUUAUGGUACAAUAUAUGCUUUAUAUAUUAUAAUAUUAGCAGGUGCUGAAAGUGCCAUUGGAUUAAGUUUAUUAGUAAGUUAUUACAAAUUAAGAGGUAAAAUAACUAAUAUUAUAUAA